AAGCCACGCCGGGCGGGCGGGCGGGGCCGCCUGGCACUUGGGGUCCCUGCAGCAGCGGCGGGACGCGGGCGCCGGUACCUGGGAGUGGUGGCGGCCGCACGGCGGGCGGACGAACGCCCGCGGAGGCCAAGGUUGGAGCAGAGAAGGUGGCCCCAGGAGGGCUCGGCCUGGCUGACUGCCUGUGACCCAGAGCCCACACUGUCUCCACCUCCCUGUGUCUCAGGAGCCCACAGCACGGCCUGCCCUGAGAAAUGCUGGAAGCUGGGUGUGGCCCCAGGCGGGGGACCUGUUUUUCCUGUUUCCUCCAGAGUUCCCUGCAGCCCUGUCCAAGCGUGUGCAUUCAUAAGUGAAGAACCUGAGCGGGCACAGAGCAUCCUGACUGCAAGAACAGGGGCUGGUCAGGGCGAUGGCUGCAGACCCGGGCCUCUGGAACGGCACCAGCAAUGACACCUGGGAUGGGGAUGAGCUGGGCUACAAGUGCCGCUUCAACGAGGACUUCAAGUACGUGCUGCUGCCCGUGUCCUAUGGUGUGGUGUGCGUGCUCGGGCUGUGUCUGAACGUCGCGGUGCUCUACAUCUUCCUGUGCCGCCUCAAGACAUGGAAUGCCUCCACCACAUACAUGUUCCACCUGGCCGUGUCAGAUGCGCUGUACGCGGCCUCCCUGCCGCUGCUGGUCUAUUACUACGCACGUGGUGACCACUGGCCCUUCAGCACCGUGCUCUGCAAGCUGGUGCGUUUCCUCUUCUACACCAACCUCUACUGCAGCAUCUUCUUCCUCACGUGCAUAAGCGUGCAUCGGUGCCUGGGUGUCUUGCGCCCACUGCGCUCACUGCGCUGGGGUCGGGCCCGCUAUGCCCGCCGCGUGGCAGCCGCUGUGUGGGUGUUGGUGCUGGUCUGCCAGGCACCUGUGCUCUAUUUCGUCACCACCAGCGCACGUGGCAACCGCAUUACCUGCCACGACACCUCGGCCCCUUAUCUCUUCAACCACUUCUUGGCCUACAUCUCCGUCAUGCUGGGCCUGCUCUUCGCAGUACCCUUCGCCACCAUCCUGGUCUGCUAUGUGCUCAUGGCCCGGCGGCUGCUAAAGCCAGCCUACGGAACUGCAGGGGGCCUGCCGCGAGCCAAACGCAAGUCGGUGCGCACCAUUGCGGUGGUGCUGGCUGUCUUCGCCCUCUGCUUCCUGCCUUUCCAUGUCACCCGCACUCUCUACUACUCCUUCCGCUCACUGGACCUCAGUUGCCACACCCUCAAUGCCAUCAACAUGGCUUACAAGAUCACCCGGCCGCUGGCCAGCGCCAACAGUUGCCUUGACCCCGUGCUGUACUUCCUGGCUGGGCAGAGGCUCGUACGCUUCGCCCGGGACUCUAAGCCACCCACAAAUCCCACUCCUACUGCCCAGGCUAGCCGUAAGCUGGACCUGCGCAAGUUUCACAGAACCAACACCAACACAGAAGACAGAUCGGCCAGCAGCGAGAAUUCCAGGCAGACGGAGUCCGUGCUGGCUGGUGAUGGGAACACUAAGGACGUCAGGCUCUAAGACCUGAAGCCUCCGGCCUGUGCAAGUUUAUAUUGGAGGCAGAGGGAGAACUGUAAGGACUAGGACUUGGCCCAAUGGGAUGGUCUCCCCAGAUACGGGUCGUCAUGACUCAUGCUGGAUGGUCAAGGGAGCCAUGACCCCAACACUGUCGUCUGGCAGGGGCUCAGGACACUCUCCGUGGUCCAGACGACUCAACAGUCCCCACAGCCCUAUCACCAUUUGUAUGUGUCAGUUGGGGAAUAAGGUUUCAAGAAGGGCAAGGGUUCAGAGCCAGUGCUGCUGCUGCCCUGACUCACCCACAUAAAUAGCUGGCUGUGCCUGCCAAGGUACCUAGACUGGAGCCCAGCUGAACCAAUUCAAGUGGAGAAACCGGCCCAGAGAGGAAAGUGACUUACCAAGGUCACACAGAGGAGUCUGGGCCUGAGCUACCUGGGGAGGGUGGGGUCACAGGUUGAAUAGAGGACUCUGGUAAGCAGUCAGGGCAGAGCCAGAGCUACCCCCGGGAGUCUGGAGCAGGUCUGCGUGCAGUGGACUCAGCGGUGAGGAGUUCCCCCAGCCCAGGAGAUGAACACCUGGAAACUGAUGUCAUAAACCCAACUGGAGGCUCCCAUGUGCUGGGAGCCAGUUUGAGGCUGUAACUUAUACUAA